UGGGUGAUGACUCCCCCUGAGGACUUGGUAGUUUGUUGUUGGUUGGUUUCAUGGGUCUCUUUUAUGAGGUCGUAGGCCGAGACUAGCCCGUUUUCUUUCUUCUUUUGCAAAGACACUCUCUAUCUCUAAUAAUAUUCAGUUCCAGUGUCCGCGUCUAGAGAACUCACUCGCUCGCACUCACACAACAAAAAAUCAGAAUCAGCGGCGAAUAAGAUUCCGGUGGUGGCGCCGCCGCCGAAGUAGAAGAAGAUGUCGACGGUGUACGUUCUUGAACCGCCAACUAAGGGGAAGGUGGUGGUGAACACGACGCGCGGCCCUAUUGACAUUGAGCUCUGGCCCAAAGAGGCUCCCAAAGCCGUCAGGAACUUCGUGCAGCUCUGCCUCGAAGGCUACUACGACAACACCAUCUUCCACCGCAUCAUCAAGGACUUCCUCAUCCAGUGUGGUGACCCCACCGGUACCGGCACCGGAGGUGAAAGUAUUUAUGGGGAUGCUUUUGCUGAUGAGUUCCACUCGCGGCUAAAGUUCAAACACAGAGGUAUAGUUGCAAUGGCCAAUGCUGGAUCUCCGAAUUCCAAUGGAAGUCAGUUUUUCAUAACUCUCGAUCGCUGUGACUGGCUCGAUAAGAAGCAUACUAUUUUUGGAAAGGUGACGGGAGAUACUUUGUAUAAUCUGUUGAGACUGGGUGAAGCUGAAACCGACAAGAAUGACCGACCUUUAGAGCCACCAAAGAUAUUAUCCAUUGAGGUGUUGUGGAACCCAUUUGAAGAUAUUAUUCCAAGAACGCUUCAGAAAUCUCAGACUAAAGCUACAACUGAUGCAGAAAAAAAAGAUUCAAAGAAGAAAGGAGUUAAGAAUUUGAGCUUGCUUUCAUUUGGGGAAGAAACUGAAGAAGAUGAAAAGGAAUUGACAUUAGUGAAGCAAAAGAUCAAGAGCAGUCAUGAUGUCUUGAAUGAUCCUCGUCUUCUAAAGGAUGAAACUUCUAUUAAUGAUUUGGGUUCAUCUGAUGAUAAAUCAAGAAGGAAUCUGCAAUUAUCUGUAAGAGAUGCACUUAGCUCAAAGAAAGAAGAGCCUCAGAAGGAUUCAAAAGCUGAUAAUUCAGCUCAUCUUGAUUCCCGUGAUGACGAUGAAGCAGGUUUUGAUUCAAGAAUGCGCAUGCAAAUACUCAAAAAGCGGAAGGAAUUGGGCGAUCUCCCUCCCAAGCCAGAUUUGCAAAAUGGAAGACCCAGUUCAGAGGAUCGUGAUACGUCAGCAGCCAGGUCCGGUGCUUUAAGUUCUGAUGAGGAUCAACGAAGAGCGGAAAAAUUGUCCUUGAAGAAAAAGGGAGUAGGAUCUGAAGCAAGAGCUAAACGAAUAGCUAAUGCAGAUACAGAUUUUCAGCUACUGAAUGAAGCUGAGAGAGGAAGACAGUUGCAGAAGCAGAAGAAACGCAGACUUCAGGGGCGUGAAGAUGAUGUUCUGGCAAAACUUGAAAAAUUUAAGAAUGCUCAAUCAGCAAAGGAGAAACCCACAACUGAUGAAUCUGAACAAGUUAAUAAGGAGGAAUUAUCUGACUGGAGAAGCGCUACCUUAAAAUUUGGCCCUGAGUCUGGCAAGGACCGGAUGUCACGCAAAGAGGACCCAAAUGACUACGUUGUGCAUGAUCCUCUUUUGGAGAAAGGGAAGGAGAAGUUUAACAAGAUGCAAGCCAAACAAAAGAGACGAGAACGAGAAUGGGCUGGGAGAUCCCUUACUUGAUCUUGCAUGUGUCAGCAUGGCUAUGUGAAUAUACUCGGGCAGAAUUAGGUUCAACCAAAAUAGGGCAGUUGUUCCGCAACAGAAAAAAUCUCCGUAAUAGAAUGGUAUUCAAAUGAUGGAUGUGCCCCCCUCAAAAUGUUGAUACUACAUAUUUAGUCAUUGCUAAUUUUACUUAAUGUGUUAAAUUUUGACCCUCCAUAUCCAUUUUUUUUUUAUUCCGUUCCUGAAUAUACUAAGCUGAUUGGUUUUGACUUCUGAAGGUUGAUAUAUCCCUGCAGCACGGUGAGUGCCUUUGUAUUAAAUUGGGAAACUUGCCAUUGAGGAACUGAGAAACUUGUUGCACAGAGCAGUUUAGUGGACAUGGUAGGCAAGUCACUCUAAAUUUGCAAGUCAUCUGUGUUCCAUUGUAGCCACAGCCAACUAACUAUAAAGCAUGUUUGAAUCAAAAAAAAUUAUUUAAAUUUUGGCA